AUGGAAUCAAUUCAUGUCUCGUUUGAUGACAAAAAGAUAACUGGGCUGAAAGAUUUUGAUGAACAUGAGCAACUGAGAUUUGAAGAUGAAGAUGCAUUCUCUGACUCCAUAAACUCUGAUUCUGAACAUAUAUCAGUGUUUAUCACUUCACAUCAACAACCUCAAGCACAUGCUGAGGGGGAACAUUUUCACAAUGAACAUCUGGAUCAAAAUGAUGAAAACACGGCAGAAAACAUAAACUCUGAUUCUGAUUCUACAAACUCUGAUAAUUCUACAGCAGAGAACAAUGAGACUACAUCUUCAGGGGGAGCAUCAGAAACUCAAAAUGCUCAUGAAGAAACCACAAAUCAUGGGGGAGGAGCAUCAGAGAAUCAGAAUAACACUGGAGAUAGCAUGGAUCAUGGGGGAGGAUCUGAUUCCAGGAGUCAACUGCCACAUAACAGGAAGUGGACAAAGUCUCAUACACCAGAUCUAAUAAUUGGAGAUCCAAAUGCUGGAGUACAGACAAGAUCUGCAACUGCAAAUGAAUGCUUAUUUCAUUCAUUUCUAUCUCAGACAGAACCCAAGAAAGUGGAGGAGGCUCUUAAAGAUGCUGACUGGGUAACAGCAAUGCAAGAAGAGCUAAAUGAAUUUGAGAGAAACAAAAUGGAUGUAAAGAGUGCUUUUCUCAAUGGGGAACUGGAGGAAGAGGUGUAUGUUGAACAACCUCCAGGUUUUGUGGAUACAAAAUUUCCAGAUCAUGUCUACAGACUGGAUAAGGAAAUCCAGUACAGCAUUCUAUGA